AUGUUUCGAGGCGGACAACCCAACGCAUACGACGAGAUUGUUGCAAAGACCACAGAUGAGAACUUGACAGGCGAGAACUGGGAGCUCAUCCUGAAUCUUUGCGAUAAAGUGCAGGAGGAGGGUGAACAAGGUGCUCGGAAUGUGAUCGCAGCCUCGCUGAAGCGGUUAGCGCAUCGCAACCCCAACGUCCAGCUCUAUACCCUCGCUUUAGUCGAAGCACUAUCCAAGAACUGCGGCAUUGAAGUGCAUCGGGAGAUAGCUUCGCGAGCGUUCACGCAGGGCUUGGAGAAGCUAGUAACCGAUAGGACAACACACGAUAAAGUGCGCAAGCGUGUGCUAAGCUCAGUCGCAACAUGGACGGCCGAGUUUGAGAAAGACCCCACGCUCGGUCUUAUGGAAGAGUGCUACGAGACCCUCAAGGGCAAAGGCUACAAGUUUGUGACACCGGAUGAGCCACCGCCGCCAGAUGUCGACGAUGAUGUGCGUCGGCGGGAAGAAGAGGAGCUCCAGCGGGCGUUGGAGAUAUCCAUGCAGGAUAAGGGUGGUAGGUCGCAAUGGGAGGCGUACUCCCUUGCCUCUUCGAGUGGCGCCAGUGGAUCUGGGGCUGGCGGUUCUAGACAAGGGGCGUCCGCCACGCCCGGCCCUUCCGGUUCCUCAUCCCGUCCUGCUCAGAGCUCUACGCAAGUGCCGACGUAUGGUGGAUAUGUGCCUUCACAGGCUACGCCGGCUGUGUCAGCCGUCACUCAACCAACGUCGAUUCCCUCUGCAGCUACCAAUGCCCCGCCCGCGAGCAGUUCACCAGUGUCCGUGCACUCUACCCAGGACAACAUACCCAUCGUGACCCGCGUUCGUGCACUCCACACCUUCGAGCCAUCCGAACCUGGAGAACUUGCCUUCGAAAAAGGCGACAUCAUCAAGGUCGUAGACCGCAACUACAAGGAUUGGUGGCGUGGUCAGCUGAAAGGUCGGACUGGUAUCUUUCCGGUCAAUUAUGUGGAACCCCUUCCAGAACCCACGGCGGCAGAGAUCGCACGGGAGGCUGAACAGGAAGCGGCUGUCUUCUCCCAGGCAGCGAAUGUGGACAAGCUGUUGACGAUGUUGCGCACGAUGGACCCCGCGCGUGACAACCUGGCUGACAACGAAGAGAUCCAGGAACUGUACCGGUCCUGCAUGUCGCUCCGGCCUAAGAUCGUGAAGUUGAUUGAUAAGUACAGCCAGAAGCGAGCUGACCUCGUGUCGAUGAACGAGACGUUCGUGAAGGCUAGGACCAUCUUCGACAGAAUGAUGGAAGACAGUCUUGCUCGUCACACAGGAGUAUACGAUGGUCGUCCACCAUACGUUCAGGCACCCAGUCAGUCCUACAUCGCCCGUCCAGAUUCGCGCGCCCGCCAGGAAUACCUCCCCCCUGGAGGUCCUCAAGUGGCGCCAGGCGCGCCCCAAGCGUACGGGUGGAAUCCCAACGUGUACGAGCAGCCGGGAUACAACGCCUACCCCGCCUCUCCUGCCGCAUACCCCCCUGAGAACCAGUACCCGCCCCCUGUUCAGCCUCACCCGCCCGCGCAGCCCCAACAGUAUGGCGAUCCGAAUGCGUAUGGUGCCCGCCAGCAGUCUGUGUACGGUCAGCCUCCAGCCCAAGGGUACCCUGGCGCGACGCCGUACGCCCCUACCCAGGAGCCGCAAGGCUAUCCCGGAGGCCCGGCUAUGCAGCCACAGUCGCAGCAGCCGCUCCAGCAUCAUCAGCCCCAGCAGCCGCUCCAACCCCAGCAGCCUCAACAGCCCCAUCAGCCUCAGCAACCGUUCCAGCCCCAGCAGGUGCAGCAGGCAUAUUCGCCCCAGCAACAAGCUCAGCCUGCACCUCAGCCUCAGGCGGAGCCUGCACCCCAGCCUCAGUACCAGCCGCAGGCUCAGCCGCAAAUCCAGCCUCAUGCUCAGCCGCAGGUGCAGCCACAAGUCCAGGCAGAGCCGCAGAGUCAGCCUCAGGCACAAGCUCAGCCCGAGCCGCAACAGCAAAGUCAGCCUCAGGAGCAGCCUCAAGAGUCCGCGCCUACCCCCACCCAGCAACAGAGCGGCCCGCCGUACGUGUACGACCCGAACGGGACAUACGCGGACCCCAACGCGCAAGCAUGGGCACAAUACUACGCGCAUGGCGGUACGGACCCCACCGGGGCGGUCUACUUCAUCUCCGUCCCGGGCGUGAAGGAAGGCCCACCCGCUCCCGUCGCCCACCAUCCUGCGGUCGCGCGCACGCAGUCUAGCGACUCCAUCGGACAGGCUGCGACCCCCGUCGAGCAAACGCAGCUCGUCCAGGUUGCCCCGCUGCACAUCCAGAAGCAGUCCGCUCCGGACGGCCAGGUAGCACAGCAGCCUCACGUCGCUGUCGGGCAGCCUGGGGUAUACGGCGCGUCGCCCUACGCGCCUGAAGGCCUGGGCUCUCCAGGCGCUGGGGCUGGUCAGCCCGCUCCCGGUCAACAAUUCUACGGAUUGCCGACCCAGUUUGCGGGGAUGGACAUCAGUGCGAACGGCGAGCAUAGUGCACCAGCUGGGCCUCAGGGAGUGGGUGCGCCUGCGUGAUGAACCGGGGUGCAUUCACUGGGAGGAGUAUUGUAGGACUGGCGGACAGGAAUGUAUGUCAUGUGGUCGAUUAUCUAUGCGUCUUGUACUCUUGUCAAUGUCCUUGGUGCCGUCGAGUGUUUUACUAUCACGAACACCUCAGCGCAGCCCAUCGACGUUGGUGGCUGGC